AUGGGUCGCGUUCGCACCAAGACCGUCAAGAAGUCCGCCAAGGUCAUCAUUGAGCGGUACUACCCCAAGCUCACCCUGGACUUCGAGACCAACAAGCGCAUUUGCGAUGAGAUCGCCAUCAUCGCCUCUAAGCGCCUCCGCAACAAGAUUGCCGGCUACACUACGCACUUGAUGAAGCGUAUUCAGCGUGGUCCUGUCCGCGGUAUCUCCUUCAAGCUCCAGGAGGAGGAGCGUGAGCGCAAGGAUCAAUACGUCCCCGAGGUCUCUGCUCUCGACUUCACCCAGAACUCCGAGAGCGGCCAGCUCGACGUCGACGUCGAGACCAAGGACCUCCUCAAGCACCUCGGCUUCGACGCCAUCCCCGUCAACGUCAUCCCCGUCUCUCAGGCCCAGGCCCCCGAGCGUGGUGGCCGUCGCUUCGGCGACCGCCCCCCUCGCCGCGAUUAA